GGGAGGUAGUGUUUCACGUUACUGCAAUUUCAUGUAUUUUACGGUUUUCUUAGUUUUAACUGACAUUACAAUGGGAAUCAGAGAAAGAAAGAAAGUGAGAGAGAGAGAGAGAGAGAGAGAGAGAGAGAGAGAGAGAGAGAGAGAGAGAGAGAAAGACAGUGUAGUCUUAGCUACAGGUCUUUCUUUCAUUCUUGAAGUCAUUCUUGAUAGUGACCCACUGAACUGGCUAAGUCUUCAUGCUCCGCUGUGAUAUCAGGUCAUAAGACAGGAGCACAGUUUUUAAGGGUUAUCUCACUGCUAUGAUUCCCUCAGAAAGUGUUGAUGGCUCUCGGGCUAAGGAGACGUAUUUUAACCUACACUGACUCUGCAAAACCUUAACUCCUAACAACCGCUCGUGUCUGACAACCAGAAAUAUUUUUUUGUGUCAUGCCAUCCAAUGAAACUGAAACUCACUGUGGCCUGUCACCUCAAACCCUGGUGGCCUCCAUCCUCCCUCCUGUGCUUAUCAUCGAGCUCCUGCUGGGCCUGCCAGGGAACCUGAUGGCACUCUGGGUCUUCUGCCGCCAUCUUCAGUCCUGGAAGCCCAAUGUUGUGUUUCUCUUCAACCUCACUCUGGCUGAUUUUCUGCUGCUGGUGAGCUUACCUUUCCGAAUUAACAACCUUCUGCAUAAGGAACACUGGCUGUUUGGUGAUGCUUGGUGUCGGAUUAACCUCUUCAUGCUUGCAGCCAAUCGAUCAGCAAGCAUUGCCUUUAUGACUGCUGUGGCUGUGAAUCGAUACUUUAAAGUAGUCCAUCUACACCAUACAGUGAACUUUAUCAGCUCACGGCAAGCUACAGGGAUUGCUUGCUUCAUCUGGGCUGUGGUGAUCUCACUGCGGCUCCCUCUGCUGACUAAUGACCUCCUGAUUAAGGAGCCCAAUGCAUCUUUCUGUCGGAGCUUCAACCCUUAUAAGGAUCCAAAACUGGGGAUCAAGCUUCACUACAUAGUGUACAUAUCUGAGUUUUUCUUCUCUCUGAUGGUCCUGCUGUUCUGCUCCCUCAGAAUCUGCUGGACCUUACAUCGCAGCCAGACGACCAACAUGCCGGUAAUGCGUCGGGCUAUUAGGAUUAUUCUGGUAAUUGUUGGGAUUUUCAUGAUAUGCUUCUGCCCUGGUGUUGUUACUGGACUAACUGCACUCUAUUUGAAGACGCUGGGGAAGGAGUAUUGUGAAGCCUUCAAGCUAAAUGGUCAGUUAUUUGUUUUGUCCCUUGGAUUCACCUACCUGAAUAGUGUACUGGACCCGAUGAUCUAUGGAUUUUGCAGCUCCAUGUUCCGGGAUGCCUUAAAGCAUUCAAUUAAUCAACUUGGAGUGGUAAAGCUAGCACUGAGGAGCCGUGCCACUGGGUAGCCAUGCCAUCACUUCGAAAAUGAUCACCCCAGCUCAUCCCACAGUUCUUUGUGAUGACUUGUCAGAAUGUUGUUUAGCACCAAAACAACAAUAUAUCCAUUCGUCUGUUUGUGUCCUCCUUUCCUCUUAACCCAUAAAUAUUAUACUCAGAAACAAGGACAUAUAAGCUGUGUCCUAAUUGAGGGGCUGUGUCCUUCGAAGGCUGCAUGGACUCGCGAAGGCUGAACUGAAAUGAGACGGUCUGCAGAUUAAAUGUUUUAUAGUUCUUUAAAGAUAGAGCCAAAAGUUUUUUAGUUUUUUUCAUUUAUUAGAGCUGGAAAUGCUUUUCUCUGUCUGCUCCUUGCUCCCUAAACAAAACACAUCGGGUUUUUUUUUUUUAAUAUUUGUAUCAUUAGCUAUUCGACUCAGUUCAAACCCAGUACUUACCUAUGUUCUCAAAUCGUUGCCAGCAUGCAAAAAACCUCAGGCUAUGUUGGCUGGCAAAGGAUCCACCUGUUGGAUCCUUCGUUGCCAUGGAAAAGAAGGACACAUUGCACGGCUGCAUACAAAAGAGCCUUCGAAAUGGGACAGUCAUGCUGCUGUGACACAAUCAUCCUUCAAAUGCAGCCUCCGAAGGAUGCAGCCCCUGAAUUGGGACGCAGCUACUGUGUCAUUGAUGAAAAGCACCAAAAGUGCUAAUAGUGCCCUGUGGUGGAGAAUCUUCAGCCUGUUAAAUGUGAGUGAGUGUGAGUGACAAGCCAGGUCCAUGAGGUGCUUUGCAUCUAAAAGAGUCCUGUCCCGAUACCAAACAAGAGCAAAACAGACAGGAGUGGGCAGGAAACCCACCAAGAAGCUUUAUGUGGGGGCUUCCAGUGUCGUAACAGGCAAGGGCCAAAGCACAGGCUGGCAAGUAAACACCGGGGUCAUCUAUAAUCGAACAACCAGAGAAAUACAAGAGGUCAAAAGUCUGGACAUACUGGAAGACAAAAAAUGAGGACAAUGGUUCAGAAAUCCAAAGACAUAUUGAAAAGAUUUUGCAAGCUGCAAACAGAAAGCAAGAGGUAUACAUACAAUUAAACAGUUAAUAAGCCCAGAACAAUUAUACAGUUAAUGAACCCAGAACUGGCAGCAGGUGAGUAGCCAGAGGCUGGGCGGAGCUGGACCUGGUGAGAGUCAUGCAAAAUAGGAGAGUGCAUGUGACAGAGAGGAGUGGAGAAUGCUUUUGAAGUACAUCCUUCGUAGAAGAGUAUAACACCUCACAGGGACAUCACACAUGAUUGUUGCAGUUUCUAUGAAAAAUGGCACCACUAAGCAGCGUCUGCAACCUACAGAAACAUGAAUGUGCCAUUUCUGAAUGUUAGAUUGUAUGAAAUUGAUUUGUUGUCACUGCUCAUAAUGCAACAUCACUUUUGUCUACUUCAGUGUCUACAUAUGUAGAAUGUGACACCUUGUGUGUUGAUGGAUUUAGAUUUCUGCAUGAUUGAUGUAGCUAAAUUAUUAGCAGUUUGUAUUUUAUUGCAGGUGAUGCAGAUCUGGAGAUGGAGCAACAUGACAGCAACCUGUUUUUUUUCCCUCAGUGACUUUGUCUGCAUCCAAAACCACAUAACAUACUAUACCAAUGUUUCCCAACUUGGUCCACAGGGUCCUUCAUCCUUAUGUGCCGUGAGUUAUGUCGGAGCACAACUGUGAGGCCCUGAAGACCAAGUUGGGAAACACUGAAGUGACUGUCACUAAAACUACAUAUCAACUAUACAUCAUUUGUUGUAAAAAAAAAAUGAAUUCUGAAUACCACAGUGAAACAACACUCCCUUUGAUGUAUUUGCUUUGUAAUUUUGAGCAAAUUUGGUAAUUUGUCAAAAUAAGUACUAAAAAGUUAGAUUUUUUUUUAUAAUAAAAUAGUUAUGAAAAUAAGUAACUGCUUUGUGAGAUCAAAAGCUGACGGACAUCUGUUGUUCAUUGUCCAGCUAGUAGUGCAUAGGACAGCUAACAUUCCCACACCAGAACAUACCAAGCAAAAUAACUGCUGGUCAAGCAGAAUCAAAGCUAGCUUGGCCUCAGACAUCAAGCCCUUCAAAUCUGUCACUUCUGGCUUCUCCAGAGAUAAAAAGCCACAGUAAUGUUUACUCUUAUGUUUCCUGUUUCUCCAUCUCUCCAUCUCAUUCCUUUCUGGACAGUUUCUUUGAACUGUACUGAACCUAAACAUAUGGUAAAACAUCAGCCUUCCUUAAUAUUGCUUCCAUAAGAUAUCUUAAUAACUCCACCUAGUCAUGUCUAGGUGUAAUCCUAGGUAUAUAAUCCUACAUAUGUCUCCUACUUAAUCAGGGAUGGAAAAACUUGAGUAAUUGUACUUGAUUGUUGUAUUUAAGUAUUAUUUUGGAAGAUUUUUACUAAUGAUGCACCAAAAUGACAAUCCUUGGCUGAUACUGCGCAGAAAAUCUGGGACACACAAGGCCAAAAACAGAAAUUGAAAACCAAUAAAGCUGACAAUGAAUAAAAACAGUUUACGUAAACUCAUUACACUGAUGAAGUUAUGGGUUGUGUUGAGAAACUCAUAAAAUCAUUACAGCAUGAAGGCAA